AUGGCGCCCAAAGAAUCUCGGCGGAAGAGCUUGAGUCUCCUUUCCAGAGCAUCACUUUCAAACCUCGCACAUAUAAAUACAGAUAUCAAUAAUGGCAACACAAGCGAGAAGGAGCAGAAGGACAAGAAGAAGCUGGGGAAGAGAGCUUCGAUAUUCAGUAGUCUAACACCUGCCAUGUAUACCGAUUCUGAAAAUGGAAGCAAUAGUCCUCUUAAAUCCGACGCCCAUUCACCAAAACUGCGACCUCGUACACUACAGAAAGGCAGACCAACUUCACUAUUCGGUUCCUUGGGGAGAAAGUCUAUGACAGACGUGGACGAGGAAAAGGAGGUUCCGGGCGCGACUCCUGAAUCCCCUGAAGAGGAAUAUCACUAUCUUGCAGCUGGUAUCAUCAAUGCGAGUAGUGCGGUUUCGAUACUUCACCAUGGUGAAGUCCAGACGACUAGUUCGAUGUUCAGAAAGAAAAAGGAAUAUCUUGUAUUGACGGACACACACUUAACACGAUUCAAAAGCAUGGCGCGAGCGAUAGAGACAUUUCCCCAUAUACAGCCUGCGCACUUGCGACAAUCUCAUCGUCAAUCAUCCACCGCAUCGAUAGGAUCGUUACAAGAAGUACAGUCCCAAGCCUCGCAUACAUCGACGGAGGGCGAAAACAAGAUCCCUUUGGGCCAGAUUGUCACAGUAUAUAAAAUGGAGGAUGGGCGACCAUUUUUCACAACCGAGGUCGUGUUUCUAGACGAGGACUACCAUGGAGUAGGAUCUAUUCAGCUUAUGCUGCAUGAUCCAAAGGACGCAGAUCUUUGGUCUACUUCAAUUAGAGCAGCUGCACAGAAAGCCAGACUUAUGAUGCCGGAACCAUAUCCCGAACGAGUUGUCCGUUACCUUGUUCAGACCUUGGAGGGAGUGGAUGACUAUGACUCGAAUCAUUUCCAGGUAUUCCGUGUUGUCAAACGAGCUCCAUUGGCAAAGAGUGCACGCUCAUCUUCGGACGACCUUCAAAAGCUUGGGUCGUCGGUAUUUUACAUGGUUAUUGGUAUAAAUCGAUUACAUCUAAUACCACUGCCCGAUUUUAGCCUGCCUACUGGAACCCUGUUUCAUCCAAAAUCAAGUCGGAAUGCAUACGGCCUCAUAUCCCUGGUAGCAAUGAACGUGCAGUAUUCUGAUGACAGAUUCGAGCUUGCUUUCAGAACACCACUUCAACAAGUCAAGAUGCUCGAGUUAGCAGCCUCGGCUACGCACGAUAUUGCUGUAGUCAUCUUUCAAGCCAUACAGUAUCUCAAGCCCGCAUGGUUAGAUUACAACUUCACAUUCAACGGGCCGAAACGUCUACUGGAAUCUGGUGAUAUACCUCUAAUCCACGAAGAAGAGGAAUAUGGAUGCUUCGAUAGAACUCUUGUUGCUUAUUGCAUGGCCUACAAUUGCAACCCUGUGAAUAUAAAAUAUGCAGUAGAUUGGGACGUUGACGAUGCGCCAGAAUUUCGGUUAUAUCCUCCUGCCAUGACCUCUAAAUACACGAUUUACGAACUGCUCGCUAUCUUUAGGUCUUUACGAUAUAACGAAUCCUUUCGCUCGAUUUCUUUCGCAGAUAUUGAUCUUCAUUGCAUGCAUGGUGUUGUGGAUACAUACGGCAUAGAUCAUGUCGCGUGGACUACUCGAGUAGGUAUUGCGGUAGAUACUUACUUCACUAUGAAGCCACAGGACGGAUCGCUUUUAUACCAAGAGGUUCAAGCACUUGCUUUGAAGUCACUACAGCUUCGAAAGAUAGAUUUUAGUAACGCCCUUCCCAGAAGAAGACCGAAAGAUACCUUUGACGAUGAAGGUGGUGUUCUCCAAAAAGAUCCGGGUUGCGAAAUCACUGCUGCAUUAAUGCCCUUGUGCCGCGCUCAGCUAACCAAUGUCAAUUGGAUUACUCUGAACGGGAUCGAAUUGGGAGAAACGGAUCUUGAUGCUAUGAUUCCUGCACUGAACAAUCCGAAGGCUGAGAUCAGGGCAAUUGAGUGCUCGCGAUGUGGGCUGAGCGACCGGGGAAUAAUGCAACUUCUAACGCACUUGGAGCGACAAAACCAGACACUAGAGUGCAUCAAUAUAUCUAACAACCCAGGGAGGAUUCUUCUUGAACGAUUUCAAGUAUCUAUGAGUCGAUUUUCGCACGUUCGUAAGCUCGACCUAUCAAUGAUCACUCGUACUUCUGGCGACCAGCCACUUUUUGUCCCUGAAGUUAUGCUCUCCUGGAGGCUAGAGGAGUUGAUUCUGAACGGUAUUCCUGUAAACGACCAAACUCUAGAUACGAUAUCUGCCUACCUAACGAGUGACAUGUCUGAUGGACUUCGCACCUUACAGAUGGAUCAGUGUAAUUUGAGCGGAUCGCAUGUUGCCCUUCUCAUGAGAGCUAUGACCCGAGUACCCGGUGAACCUCGUGACUUGGAACUUCACGUAAGUGCCAAUCGGCUCGAGAAAGGAAUAAGUGAUUUCGUGAAAGCUAUUCAAGAAAACUACACCCCAUCCAAACUUGUGGUUCGGAUGAUCGAAUUUACGAAAGAGGAGCACUUCAAGCGAUUGUUAGAAGCGUUGCGCACCAACACUACUAUUCAGGUCCUGGAUAUUUCGAAAGCGUCACUUCCAUAUGAUGCAAGCCCGGAGACGUGUGAAACCAUGCAAAGGGUCUUUGCCGAGAACACCACACUUGAGGAUCUAGACAUAUCUGGAGAACAAGCACAUCUCGAGGUUACACGAUUUGGAAUCGGCUUGAAUCAAGCAUUGACUGGUCUCAAAAAGAACAACACCUUGAAGUCUCUUCGCAUAGAGUACCAAAACUUAGGUCUGGAAGGGGCGAACACACUCUCUUCUGUCUUGGAAGAGAACAGAGGUCUUACGCAUAUUUUCUGUGAGCACAACGAUAUCAAUCUUCAAGGAUUUACGAUACUUGUCAAUUCGAUUGCGAAAAAUCAUACCGUCCUUGAAGUGCCAUAUAUGCAAGACGAUCAAGAUAUCGCCAUGAAGCGAAUGAGCGCCAAUAUGAGGGAUUCACGCCGCGCUAUUGGUGCAUCAAGCCGUGAAAACUACCAUGUGAAGAAUUCAGUCAAGCGGACAUUGAAAACUUUUGGUGUUGGGGUUGAGAAGCCUGUGAAACAAGAGUUAACACCUCAAGAUGUCGACCAAGUGGUAAAGGUAUUAGCAAAGAAGUGGAAUACGGAGAUUGGGAGAUUGUCCAUGUUCCUAGAAAGGAAUAGAAACAUCGCAAUGGGCGUGGAGGGAUAUGAUCCCGUUGAGAUUCUAAGCGAACAUGCCAUGCGUCCUACGACUGCGAUGAGUGAUCGAGGAAUCUUAGAGCAGGUUUUGAGCAACACGACGCCCAGAAUCGAACUGGGAAAUCCUGUUGAAAUCACCAAUGAUCGAUUUUCCGGCAUGACACCCGUAGCGGAAGUGGUCAACCCUAUGGAAAUGGAAAUGGAGAACGAGAAGCCGGUGGAUGAGCGGGACGCUAAUCAAUUUAAACGUAUAUCAUACAAACGCAGUAAGGAUGGAGGCCUGUUACCCGACUUGGGAUCUCUAGGCAAUGAAAAGAUAUUUAAGUUUGACGAGCCGGAUAACGUCCAACUAAAACCAAAACGCAUAUCAUACAAACGAAGUCAAGAUGGAGGCUUAUUGCCCGACUUGGGGUCUUUAGGCAACGAAUCGAUGUUUCAGAUGGACAGUGGAUUGUUCGAAAUGGAGUCUUGA